UUUAUUGUGGGGCUGCUAUAGUCCACAAAACAAUUUAUUGUUUUGUGGUUAAAUACAAAAAACAAAUUAUUCCCUUUUGAAUGUCACCUAAAAAAAAAUGCUUUUAGGAAUGGAUUAUAUUUUAUUUCUGUUGUUUUUUUGUUUGCUUGUUUUUUAGCAAGGUUAUCUGUUUAUGCUGUUCAGUUCACUUUAAUAAACAGAAUGAACCGGUGCUACAACUAUCUGCAUAUGGCAGUUGAAUAUAUGACAUAAACUCAAAGCUAGGGGCAGUCAGAUCACGUCUCAUGUUGCUUAACUACUACAUGAAUAAUUGAUCUACCUAGUGUAUCUGCAGCAUCAAGGACCUACUCAAGAAUGAAUAAAUUAGCGAUACAAUUAUAACGCUGCCAUUACGAGUUUAAAAUGAGAAAAUGAUUGCGUGCGUUACGGAAAGAGGCCGGUCGCGUGCACAAGCACGUAUUCCCACAAAAAGUCAACAGAGGAUAGAAAUUGAAAGAAAAAGACUUCCAACACUUCCACACAACGUAAAAUUAAUCAACAGAUAUGAUAACCAAGACAAAUACCAUACGUAUCUUUGGUUUGUUAUUACUCAUGAUAGCCAUAGGCUACAUAUAUAAAGAGAGCAAUACCUCGUUUGUUGAUAUUUACUCAAAAGAAAGCACAAACCUAACCAUUUUAGGUUCAAGCAACCCUCUAAAUCAAGGAAAUGGCAUCAUAUUUCUGGAGACCAUGGGUGUAUUGACACCAACUCAUUUAGUCACAUGCGCUGUUGAAUCAGCAGCCCGUGUAUACCCUGAUCGCCCUGUUGUUCUCUUCAUGAAAGGCUUGGUCAAUGUAACAUCAGAAGAUGAUCAAAAAAAAGUACGGGCACGUUUUCCAGCUCUCUCGUCAUUUGAGAAUGUCUACAUUUUCUCUUUGAAAAUGGAGGAAGUAUUUAGGGAUACACCUCUUCUCUCCUGGUAUUUAAAGGUUGAUCCUAAAUUGGAACGCUAUUGGACCCAUGUCAGCGCAGAUGGUUGCAGAUUGGCCCUAAUUUGGAAAUAUGGUGGCAUCUAUAUGGACACAGAUAUAAUCUCAUUUAAAGCAGUUCCGGUAAAAAACUUUCUGGCAGCUGAGUCCUCUUCUCAUUCUAGUAAUGGAGCUCUUGGCUUUUCUCCACAUCAUGAUUUCAUCUGGAAAUGCAUGGAAGACUUUGUCCGUAACUAUAAUGGAAAUUUUUGGGGACAGCAAGGACCUUUAUUAGUAACAAGAAUUCUGGCACAAUAUUGUUCUCAGCAUAAUUUUAAGGCUUUGGAGGAUCUCAUGUGUGGAAGCAUCACUUUCUUGAAUCCUGUACGAUUCUACAAAUUACAACUGGCAGUUUGGAGAAAGUUCUUUGAAGUUUGGAAAGUAUUGCCAGAUUUUAAUGAUUCAUAUGGUUUACAUUUCUGGAACAAAAAGAAUCAUGUAAAUGUAAAAAAAUUUGUGAUUCCUGGUAGCAACACAUUAACCGAACAUCUUUAUAAACAGUACUGUCCGAACACUUAUGAAACUCUUAAACUUAAAAUUUACGGCUAAAUUAUGAGUUUUGCGGUAAGCUGAAAAAGCAGCAUUUUCAGGUUCUAACGCUGCUUUUUCACUACCGCUGAUAUUACGAGUCUUGAAGAUUUCGGGGUACCGCACACUUUUUUGGCCUUACUGCAAAUCGACUUACACAAUUUGCGUAUGGUCUAUUUUCAAUGGGACUUUAAUAGCGCCGGUAUUACGAGCUUGUCCUGGGAGGCCAAAAAGUGAGCGAUACACCCUAUCCCGUCAAGAUUGGUACCGCAUUUUAAAGUCAGUAGUUAUGAGUUUUAUACUUUAUGCCGUAGCAUAAAACUCAUAACUAAAGUGCUAAAAAGUACACUGAACACCCAUAAACUACCUAUUAACCCCUAAACCGAGGACCUCCCGCAUUGCAAACACUAAAAUACAAUUAUUAACCCCUAAUCUGCUGCUCCGGAUAUCGCCGCCACUAGAAUAAACAUAUUAACCACUAAACUGCCACACUCCCGCCUCGCAAACAUUAGUUAAAUAUUAUUAACACCUAAUCUACCAUCCCUAACAUUGCCGCAACCUAUCUACAUUUGUUAACCCCUAAUCUGCCGCCCCCAACGUCACCGCCACUAUAUUAAAUUUAUUAACCCCUAAACCUAAGUCUAACCCUAACACCUCCUAACUUAAAUAGAAUUAAAAGAAAUCUAAAUAAAACCUACUAUUAAUAAAUAAAUAAGUCCUAUUUAAAACUAAAUACUUACCUGUAAAAUAAACCCUAAACUAGCUACAAUAUAACUAAUAGUUACAUUGUAUCUAGCUUAGGUGUUAUUUUUAUUUUACAGGCAAGUUUGUAUUUAUUUUAACUAGGUAGAAUAGUUAUUAAAUAGUUAUUAACUAUUUAAUAACUACCUAGCUAAAAUAAAUACAAAAGUACCUGUAAAAUAAAACCUAACCUAAGCUACACUAACACCUAACCUAACCCUACAAUUAAAUACAAUUACCUAAAUUAAAUACAAUUAAAUAAAUUAAAUUAAAUUAGCUAAAUUACAAAACAAAACAAACACUAAAUUACAGAAAAAAACAAACAAAUUACAAGAUCUUUAAACUAAUUACGCCUAAUCUAAGAGCCCUAUCAAAAUAAAAAAGCCCACCCAAAAAAAAAACAAAAAAACCCUAGCCUAAACUAAACUAAACUAAACUAUCAAUAGCCCUUAAAAGGGCCUUUUGCGGGGCAUUGCCCCAAAUAAACCCCCCAACAGUAAAAUCGUUACCGCAAAACUCGUAAUCUAGGUGUUAGUUAUUUUACCUGCUUUACAAUAUCACAGGAACUGUGUGUUUUGUCAAACAUCCUCUUAUAGAUUUUUUUUACUAAUUCCUCAUAAAAUCCCAGGCAUCAACAUUACUAUAAGUUGUGUGAAAGUUAAAAGGUAUCUAAAUCCUGGUAGUAACAAGUAAUAUGUUUACCAAGAUCUUUACAUUACUUCAGACAUUUUCAAAACUAAAAAGAUAGCUUUUUACCAGCUUGUAAAAACACACACAUUUAAAAAAAUACAACUUGCUUUUCCUUUUACUCAUAAUACCUAGGGGGUCUAUGUAUUAUAGUGUGGAUGGACAUGAUACAAUAUAAAUAAAUGUGUGCAGCAUUUGCAAACGCAACUCCCUUAAAAGCGCGUAUAAUGCAAAAAUUAACAGUGCACAGAAAUACAACAGAAAAUAAAACAAUCAAUCACACAAUGUAAAUACUUAUGCUAGUGCUCAAAGUGAUAGGUCAUAAAUCAUAAAAGUCCUCAAAAAGACAGAAGGCUGCAGGCUUCUUCCAAAACUUGAUGGUGAAACAAGUGAAGCGAAUCUGAAGAAAAGUAGAAAAGAAGUAGGUGCCACAAUAGUGCAAAAUCAGUGGUACAUGGUUUAAAUGUACACAGAAAAUAUCAUACUCACAGAAUAUAGAGCACUUGAGAAGUGCCACAAACGCUUGCGGGACCUUUAGUAACUGUCCAGAUAGCUAUCCCCUCGUCACACGAUUCCAUCAGCUGAUGAUAAUCACAGGCUCGUAAUGGUACUUUUGUCCACACAAACAUGGUUUUACGGUGUAGCACCAAAUAGGGGCGGUAGGCUCUUCUAGGUUGGGUUUAAAGUAUAUGCAAUCACAGCGGUUCGGUUGCUAUGGUUACCAGAGGACAAAAUGCUGCGCAUGCGCCUGUGUGCAGCAUUUUUUCCUCUGGUUACCAUAGCAACCUGACUGCCGUGAUUGCAUAUGCUUUAAACCCAAUUUUUGCACUAUUGUGGAGCCUUCUUCUUUUCUACUUUUCUGCGGACAUAAUACAAUGUAACGUAUCAUGUCCGCCUCACAUCGAUAAAUGCCGACAGCAUACGCUGUCGGCAUUUAUCAUUGCAACAGCAGUACUUGUGAACUGCUGGUGCAAUGCAACCCCCUGCAGAUUCAUGGCCAAUUGGCUACUAGCAGUCGUUGUCAGAGCAGGUGGACAGAUUAAGAAGCAGCAGUCUUUAGAGCUUGAUAAAUUAACCCCUAGAUCUCAAUUUAUAUAACCAAGUGAAUAUGUCUUUCAUUUGUGUUGUAUCUGUGAAAAGAAACACUAAGCAGAAUGUAAGCAAGUGCAAUUAAAUUAUUAUUAUUAAUAUUAUUAUUUUUCUUUACUAAACUCAUUAGGAGUUGUAGAAUAUUAUGCAAAUUCACAAUCCUCCAUAUUUGCAAUGCAGGAAUACUACCAACAACUCAUUUUUUUAUUCUUAUAUUACACUCACUAAUUAUAACAUUUACCAAUCAGAGAUAUAUUUUUCUUUGAUUUUACUGUAACUUUGCAAGUGUAGAAACAAUACUUAAUAGAGAGCACUUCAGACAUUGAAGUUGAUUCCAAUAUUUCUGAUCCUCUUUACCAGUGAUUUUUCAGUUCCAAAUCUGUGUUUUUCACAGUCCAAACAAUAACACAAUUUACAUACUGUGAAAAGUUCAGAUCAGAGGCAAACAGAUAACCAUAUGACGCAUGCACAGCUUACAUUUAUAGAAGUGCAGAAAAGCAAAACCUUGUUCUGUACAGUGACAUUGAAGUUGGGAAAUCUGGUCUGUAUAUUAGGGUAUAUUUAUCAAUGUGUGAGCCAACAUGAUACGAAGUAGCAUAUCAUGUCCGCCGCACAUCAAUAAAUGCUGACAACAUACGCUGUCAGCAUUUAUCAUUGCACCAGCAGUUCUGGUGAACUACUGGUGCAAUGCCGCCCCUGCAGAUUUGCAGCCGCUAGCAGGGGGUGUCAAUCAACCCGAUCGUAUUUGAUCAGGUUGAUUUCUGUCCACUACCUCAGAGCAGGCGGACAAGUUAUGGACUGACACACAAAAGGUAGGAUGCUCAGGCCGACUCACACUCUGCAACUGUGGCGUCCUUCCGUGUAGACACACAAAGUGGGAGUGUUGGUUACGUGCACAUAACUGACAAUCCCAACACGUUGCCUGAGGAAACAGAGUGGUGAGCUCUGAGAAACGCGUAGCGUGUUUUACUGAUUGUUUUUAUGUUCAUUUAUUUAUAUUUAUAAAACUCAUUUUUGAUAUACUUCUGGAGUCUCCUAUCUUUUAUUUGCUACAUUGAUCCACUGCUUGCCAGAGUGUUAUGUGCGCUGGGCCACCAUAAUAUACCCAGCUUGCCUCAUUAGCACUAUAGUGUGCUCCAUAAUAUGUGAGUAUCUCUCUAAAGGGAUCAUUUGGGGCUUACAACUGUAUCAACUGAUUUGCACUAGGAGUCGCCCUCUGUAUAUUUUUCCAUUUUUCCAGAUCUUUUCCAUUCAAGAGGAGCAGCCCUUCUCAUGGUGCACAGUCAACUGGGACACUGAUAAGUUUCCAGACCAUCUACCUAGGCAUUAUCGUUGCCUUCACUACAUGUGAGUACAAAAUCUGCGAAUAUAUAUUAUCUACUUACAAAAAUUGGCUACACUAGGAGGCGCCCUUUCUUUUUUUGUUUCAAUCCCAACACGUGUGUCUAUAAUGGAAGAAUGCCACAGUUGCAGAUCGUGAGUCGGCUUGAGCAUCCUACCUUUGGUGUGUCAGUGUUUUCGGUUCUAGUUUGCUAAGUGGCUCGCUGAAUUUGGUAUAAGCUCUCGUCAAAAAUUAUCUGUGUGUGACAUUAAUAUGUAGGCUGAAGAGGUGUGGCAUCUUUACAGUUUAAUGUUAUGGUCAGAUAUUUGCUUCACAGUGAGUGAGGAAUAUAUAUACAGUAUUAACUUUCUACUUUUUUGGGGGGUUAUAUUUAUCCUUGAUUGUACAUCUAUCACUAAUUGUGCCAUAAUAUGAAUUCGGAUAUUGAUGUUGAUUCUCAGCAGGGCGUAGCGGAAAGCUAUGUCUUUGAAGAUCUUCAGGGCCGGAUUGGCCUACCAGGAUACCAGGAGUUUUCCCGGUGGGCUGCAGCAGCUGGGGCUGGAAAGCUACAAUUUAAAGCAGUGAUUGAUGGAUGCAAUUGGGUUGUAGGGUGACUAAAUAACAUCAAUCUGGCAUUUUUAUUUAAAGCAAAGUAAUAUAAUUUCAUUCUGAAAACAAACUUUGUGGAAGGAGUAUCGCAGUAAUCCCCUUUAAGAAAAAUGGGGCAUAUACAUUCUACCGACUCAAUGGAAAAUAGGGCUGCUUUUUAUUUCCAGUCCGGCCUUGAAGAUCUUACGAAAAGUUUGGAUGUAUCAUUAUAACAGGUUCAGGAACUCAUGAGAGAUGCAGAGUUAAAUCUGGACAAUUUGUUCAUACAAAUGGACAGUUUAAGAAAAAGAGACAAAUUAGACAUAAAAACUUUUAUGAUAUAUAACCAACAGCAACAUAUCCCUAGGGGAUUAAGGAUUAAAAAAAUCCCUUCAUUUCAUGUUACAUGCCUUGACUUACUCAGUGCUCGCAGAGACUUAUGGAUCUAAUUAUUGAGUACAGAAAGAAUCAGAGGAUUGCAUUGGUACAACAGAUGCAAUCUGUACAAAAUAACUUUUCAAUUGGAUCCUGACUUUAAAGCAUAUGACAAACAGCAUGGUCGGAGUGGCCUACCAGGACACCAGGAGAUUUCCCGGUGGGCUGCAGCAGCUGGGGCUGGAAAACUACAAUUUAAAGUGGUGAUUAGUAGAUGCAAUUGCGUUGUAGGGUGCCUAUAUAACAUUAAUCUGGAAUUGUUAUUUAAUGCAAAGUGAUAUAAUUUAAUUCUGAAAAAUUUAUUGGGGAAGGAGUAUCUCCGUAAUCCGCUUUGAGAAAAAUGGGGCAUUUGCAUUCUACUAACUCAACGGAAAAUAGAGCUGGUCUUCAUAUUUUUCCAGAGCUGCUUUUUAGUCCCUGUCUAGUUCUGACAAACAGUUUAAAACUAACAUGUCUUCUUUUCAGAAAGAGUUGUGGGCAUUUAAAUUACAAAAGAUCAAUAGAGAUAAGACGGAUUAUGAUUCUGAUAAUGUAUAUAGGUGGUCAAAUAAUCCUUUUUUUUUUUUGUAAAUAUUUUUUUAUUGAGGUUUUGUAUAAUAUACAUAAAAGAAAAAACAUAAACCGCCUUUCGGACCUAGAGAAUGUUACAAAUACAAUUGUACAACAUAUUUCAACACUGAUACAAAUCACAUUAGAUAGGCAGAUGAAACCUCGAUUUUAUAAUAGAUUAGCAUAAGUGUCUGACCUAUUAGACUCUUAAAUUUAAAGCCUGAUGGCUUGUAAAAAUAGCAACCAACUAAAGGUCAGAUAGAUAUCUCCUUGCAAGUUGCACAAAGAGAAGAGAUAAGCGUAUGUUAUGGGGGGGGGGAUAUUCAGCGGGUAAGCACCGCUAUGAGAAUGAGUGGGGGGGUUGGAGGGCGGAGCCAUAAGAAUGAACACAUAUAGAUAUAUCUAUGAUGCGAUGUCAUAAAGAUAUAUAAUUUAGUGGGGCCUCUGUAAAAAAGUUAUCAGAGAAUUAGCUAUAUGAAAUACUGUCUGUGAAGGCUAUUCUUCUAUUAGUAUCUUAGUGUGACUAGGGAUCCAUAAGGGGAUAUGUCACUAGGGGUUAGUAAUAUAUACAUUUGUUAAUGGCUAAUAUGAGAACAGAAUAGUAUAUUUAGGAGAAUUCAGAACCAAUGGGUUUGCAAUAGAACUAGUAGGCUUUAUGCUGUAACGAUAUUUCUAAUCAUGUACCUUAGUGUUUUCCCUCCCCUUUCUCCCUUUUUUUUUUUUCUAAAUAAUUUAAUAAUGACCGUAACUAUACCUAACUGGGGUUUCAAAAAUAGCAAUAUAGAAGGUCUUCAAUGCUAUACGUGUCCUUACAGAGAUUCGUAAAACAUAGUAAGUUAAGGGUGAAUUCCAGUAGGAUAUGCCCUAUUAUGCUACCCAUAUCCACAGUAACUGCUUACAUAUGGAACCUAUUGUACUGGUAUAACAUCAGAGUCAGUUAAUCAGUAAUAAUGAGAGAAUAAUCAUAUUAUACAUACUACCCAGGCGUUCUGUUGAGUUAAUAACUGUGAGUAGUAGUAUGUUAAAUUAGGUAUGCAGAGCAUGAAUGGUUGCUGUUAAAUAGCGGCAGCUACUGAAAUACUAUAUUACUCUACUAUGGAUAGAAGCAACACAUUCCAAGUUUUAUUAUUGUAGAGUUAGCCUGUCUAUCUUAGGAGCCCCAGUUUGCUGGUUACUAGUAAUAAGGUUACAACCUAUGCAUAAUAUAUAGUAUCAUCUCAGAUAUCCAUAAAUUAAUAUAUAACAACGUAGUGUUAAAGGAGCUGAUAUCAUAGUAAUGUACAGUAGCUAGUUAAUAUAAUACAGCAAAGCUGCUUAUCACUUAUACAAAAUGAGGCUAUAUUAUAUUAUAGUAUAGGGGACCAUUGGAUUGGCAAUUCUAUAGCAUACAAGGAAACUGCCCCAGUGCCUACAUGUAGGGAUUCUAUGACUUUAACAGCCUAAGUCUGCUUAGAGUCUACAAAGAUGCAUAAACAUGUAUAAAUUAUUUGUUGUAUGGUCUUGUUUACACUACGGUUAAAGGUAAUGCCAAAGUAUAUUAGUAUAUUAGAUAGGUGCUGUUCUAGAGUAAACAUUUACAUAGAAAAUUGUGUAAGGACUGCAAACUUAUAUCUACAUACCUAGCCCAAAUAUGGAACAUUCAAAUAGAAUUAUAGGAGUAAUACACAUAAAAUCAUCUCAAAUGUAUGCUGAACUUACAACAAGAAAGCACAGAUUAGCAAUAAACAGACAAUAACACAUAAAAAGCUUAUAUCGCAGAUAGCUUCAUACUCCCGCCCAAAAUAGCGCCAUAUUUAAAAUCCUUUUAUAUAUGAAGGUUGAAACAGAUUACUGCAAAAGUGCAUUAAACAUACAUAGCAAUAUAACAAAAAUUGGUUAGUAUAAUCCCAGAAGUUUCUACAAACACUUAUGAGAUGCUCCCAAGAUAUAUUGGCUUCUACCAGUAGUCCUGUAUUCAACGUUACUGUGGGCUCAUAUUUCACUGGGUGCUAAGUGGGCCAUUCAUAGCUAAAGGAGAGAGGAUCACAGCUAGAGGACUAAUGGUGUGCGUAAAUUUAUAGCAAGCUAUCAGUUACGUGUAGCUAGGACAUGAAUAAAAUAAACAGAAUAAGCAAUCUGUAUAACUAACAAACCACGCAUAAACAUAGUAUAUAAACCAUUAGAACAGCUGAAUAAGUGAGCUAAUAAAAAGAAAGAGCAUAGCUUUAUUAACAAACCCCUGUCAGGGAACCCAAAGGGAUCAAACAUAUAGUCAAGUAUUAACCAGCAUUCUCCAAACGCCAUGAGUUAUUAAAGAGUAAGAUUGACACGCAAACCUUGGGCGUGUAAAGUGACAUGUCCUCCAGCAUAGGUUUAUCCUACUCCAGAUACAGGUAAACAGGUAACGGACAGCCAGCAUAUAUAAACUUUAAUUGAAGUCCCGAGCAUGAACCCAGCUGUUGUAACGUAUAAAGAACAGUCAUAGUCCACUUAUGUAAGUAAGGAGUUUCCUCCUUCCUCUUUUUUUUUUUUUUUUUCCCCUCUUUAGCCAACACCAGCUCUAAGGCAUCUUACUUCGUUGGGAUCAAGCAUGGUCGCGAAGUACAUGAAACAUAGUGACUGACACCCCAUUUCAGCCCUUACAUGUUGUCUUAUGAGAUCGCUGCGGUCAGGUGCAGGACCGCUCGAAGUGUAGAUCCUACCUGAUGUCUGUAGUUCCGGAUUGCAGAGUGUGGCGUACAUGGCUUAGUGCAGAUCCGCAGGGACCCUAUCAUGUCUGGGUUAGUAGAAGUAAUGACUGCAGACACCUCUGAGCCUUCAGGAGCAGUGGAGAACAGAGUAGUGGUGUAGUCAAAUUCCCCUUUGCUAACAGAAGCAGGGAAAAAGCUCUGGCCCUCCGGUGUCAUAAGAAACGGUUUGGGGUCUAGUAGGUGCCAUAACUCCCCAUACUGUGGCAUCCAUUCCGGAUCUACUGUGGUUCUGAUUGCGGCUGCUAUAUGAGUAACCCUUGGCUGAAUGUAGCAAUUUGGUGAUGUGUCACCCAUAUCUUCUUUGUGACUGCGAGUCAGCGGUAGCUGGUGAGGCAGUAUUGAGAAGUCCUCCUGUAAAAAUUCUUUCCCCGCAGCUCCGGAACUCUCACCACUAUUUGCGCCACUAGCCGCUCCCGUGAAUGUCGACUUCAGAGUAUCUGAUAUGUCCAAAAAGCAGUGUACCAUCUGCCGAUCUAGAUCCCGAAGUAGGGCAAGCAGAAGUUCUGGAGUUUCCUCCAUUUAAGAAGCAGAUGUAGUUUCUACACUGAGGAGACUGAAACUAGUAGAUAUGAGGAUAGGCCUGGUUAUAUCGCUACACGUGGUGAAGUAGCUCUCUCCGAUGAUAGUUAGAAAAUGGAGUUAGACACAGAAUCUGACUCCAACACAGCAUACAUUUGUUAUAAAUUAGUUAGCGUAAGAUUACUCAUGAGUUCGAUUCAUUCUUAUCCUGAAAAUAAGUAUUUUGUGCAGCUAUGGCCUAAGAGCUCAGGAGAUGUGCGACCGGCUCCUUCAGCUGUUGGCUCCGCCCCCCCAAAUAAUACUUUUAACAAAUCUGAGGGUGCAAGAUGUCCUAGGUUUAGGAGAUUUAAGAAUAGACAAGUGGCAUUUAGUGACACUGAGUAUGAUUAUGAGACAUCAGACAGUGAUACUGUAGUAGCAGUGGAACCACCCACAUAUAAUUUAUCUGUCAUGACACUCCUUCUUCCUCUGUAUCCAACCAGGAGCAGUCAAAAAACAAAUUAAGACCUAUCAUGAAAGUAAAAUGAAAGAAAUACGUAGAGGGGGCAGGUGCAGGCAUAGGAAGAGGCAUAGGGGUACCAAAAGAUCAGGAACAUCAGGGUCAGAAGAGUGGGCCCCAGACACGCCAGAGAAUGAAAUAUCUUCAAAAAAUGUAAUUAAUUUGGCAGAUCAUCCUCUUAGCAAAGAUGAAUUGUCUGUACUGUCAAAAGGUAUGGGGGUUUGCUCCAUCUUGUCAUUUCAACUUGUUCCAUACUGUGUUAGAUGUGAAUACAUUUAUUCGGAUUCUCAACUUAAAGAGGCAUUUUCAUAGAGAUGAAGUCUGGAACAAGAUGAAGUGGAAAAAGGUAAUACUGAUGUGACUCAUGAUACUUUGUCUCUAAAUCACAAACUGAGUUUUCAAGAAAAGUGCUGUAUUAGAGAUCUUGAUGAACUGAAUAGGGAUGCUGUUGUUUAUAUUAGACAUGGUCCUACUGAAAGAGAUUUAACCUUUGAUAGAUUUAAGAAAAAGAGUACUUUCUAUCCUAUACAGGCCAGAUGUAAUGUUUUAGACGUUUUCCAGCAAACUAUAGAGACACAUUUGACACAUUUUAGUGAGUCCAUAAAAAUUAGGUCAGACCACAAUAAUAAGACUUAUCGACACCAUGAGAAUCUUUCUUUUUCUGAACGUAAGGUCAUUGAGACCUUAAAAAUAACAAGGAUAUUGUCAUACGUAGUUCAGAUAAAAGGGGUAAUGUGGUUCUAUUGAAUAGGUGUGAUUAUAUACUAGAAUCUUUUCGCAAAUUAUCAGACAAGGAUACGUAUAUGAUUUUGAGCAAUGACCUUACAAAGGAUUAUAAAAUGAUUCUGGAUAAUAUAGACUAAGAGGCAUUCAAAAAUGGUAUUAUAAAUUCAAACACUAGAGAUUGUUUAAUCCCAGAUGUGCCUGUGGUGGCCAUCUUCCACUAUUUUCCUAAACUUCAUAAAAUUUUGGUUAAUCCCCCUAGCUGCCCUAUUGUGGCAGGCAUAGGGUCCUUAUGUUCUUACAACCACUGGUGCUAGCUUUAGACAGCUAUGUCAAAGAUACUACAUCUGUGUUGCAGGAAAUGCAAAACAUAAAAUGGCAGGAAAAUGAUGUAUAGGUAUCCUUGGAUGUUUCCUCUUUGUAAACCUCCAUACCCCAUACGAAAGGGUUGGAGGUUUUGCAUUACUUUUUGGAACAACGUUCCGAUUAUUCAGAUGAAACCAUACACUUCAUAUAGUUAGCAGUUGAAUAUUUGCUAAUGCAUAAUUAUUUUUUGUUUGAGGGCAGGUACUACCUCCAGAGAUUUAGAACAGCUAUGGGCGCUAAAUUUACGCCCUCAUUCGCCAACCUUUAUUUAGGUUGGUGGUAGCUGUUCCACAUCUUUGGAGAUAUGAAUUCUUAUAGAAACAAUAUUAUUAUUAUGGCCACUACAUUGACGACCCGCUCUUUGUAUGGCAGGGUAAUAAAGAGUCAGUGUUAGAAUUUCAUAAAUAUGUUCAGGCAAACAACUUAAAUUUAAAAUUUAGUGUGGAGCACAGUAAUAAACAACUAAAUUUUUCAGAUAUUUCCCUGUAACCUAAUUGUGAGAAAGAAAUAAUUGAGACUGAGUUAUAUUGUAAACCUAUUGCGGGUAAUACUAUUCUAUUCUCUCAAUCUUGCCAUUCCACCCAUCUUAUUAAAUCAAUACCGAAAAGUCAGUUAAUUAGAGUCAAACGUAAUUGAACUGACCCAGAGGUUUAUGAAAACAUGCCAGAUCUACUAUAGAUAGACUUUUGGAUAGAGGUUAUGAUAGAAAUGUGUUGGGACAAACCAAUAGAGUUGUAGAUUGUAUCCCUUGUGAGAAUUUUUUAGGACAUACCAAUAGGACCAAGAAACAAGGUUGUUUCGGUAAAGGAUCAAAUAUACCUACAUUUGUAACAUCAUACAGUACAGAAUUUAGUCAGAUAUGUAAUAUUAUCAAACAACAUCUCACUAUUUUGCAUAGUGAUCCAACUCUCUAUAAAAUUGCAAUGGAUGGUUGCAGGUUUGUGCCUCGCAAAGCUAUUACUCUUAGAGAUACUUUGUCUCCCUCAACAUUACCCAGGAUUAAUACACCAGGGUGGCUGAGGAAGAAAAAAUACUUUCACAAAUGUGGCUCCUCACGCUGUAAAACAUGUGACUAUGUAAUACAAUGUAGUACAUGCAGAUCCUCUGUACUCGACAAAGAAUGUUAUAUAAGGUAUUUCAUUAAUUGUGGUACAACACAUGCUGUUUAUUUAUUGACUUGUAUGGGUUGCAAAAAACAAUAUACAAGUCAUACAAAAAGAAUGUUAAAAGUCAGGUUCCUAGAACAUGUGAGGGCUAUAGAGGAUCCAGAAUCAAAAACUCCCAUAGCUAAACAUUUUCGUUUAAUGCAUAACUCUGAUAACUCAUUGUUAAGGGUACAGGACAUUGAUUUUAUUCCUAGGACCAUUAGAGGUGGUAACAGAGAAAUCAAACUAGAUGAAAGGGAAGUACUUUGGAUAUUUCACCUCGAAACAAGAUACCCUCAGGGUUUAAAUUCCCAGAUGGAUGUUAAUCUGUUUAUUAAAAAUGAGUAAUUACUGUAUAUGUACUAAUCGAUAUUUCCAUAUACAGUAUGUAUAUUAUUAUUAAUAUUUUGGUAGUGUUAAUAACUCAUAUAGCACUUUAUAGUUUCAAAAAACUGUUUAAAACAUGCAUUAUCAUAAUACAUUUUGUUUAGUAUUACUCACGCUACUGUGGAGCAAUUUUUUGUAUAGGUGAUAGGGGUUAAUUUGUAAUCAACUAGCUAAUUGAUUAUGUUCCAAUUGGAUACAUGUUUUAUGGGAUUGGUAGUUUAUGAUAUAAAAGGAGCUGUCCUUGGUCCUCCCAUUUAUCAGUGAACAAGUGCCUACGGGUGGGCUGAGGCUCUCCUAUCACCUUGUUCGUUUACUCCGUCUUGGUUUUAUAUGUUUCUGGCUGUUUUUAUCUUCAAUAAAGAUUAACUGUUUUUUCAAAUAA